ACUUCAUCUCAUCCUACUUGCCAAAGGCCUCAAACUACUGGUAAUGAACAAUGGAUGAGAAUAGUUUCAGCAACGAAAAAGCGGACUCAGUUGAAGCUUUCUCCUGACUAUUACAAUCGAGCAGCAACUGCAAGAUCAAUAAUGUGUAGUGCUACUAAUAAACCAACCGAGAUCCCUCGUCAGUGGUAUAAUAUCGUUGCAGAUCUUCCAGUUAAACCCCCUCCAGCCUUGGAUCCGGAAACUCUACAACCAGUCAAGCCUGAAGAAUUAUCUCAUCUAUUCCCAGAUGAACUGUUAAAGCAAGAUAACAGUACCGAGAGAUUUAUUGAUAUCCCCGAAGAAGUUUUAGACAUUUACAGUCUAUGGCGGACAACCCCGUUACUCAGAGCCAAAAGAUUGGAGAAACUUCUAGGUACACCUGCAAGAAUAUACUACAAAUAUGAAGGUGUGAGCCCUGCUGGUUCACACAAACCUAAUACUGCAAUCCCUCAAGCAUAUUAUCAUGCAAAACAAGGAACCAAGAAACUUGUUACAGAAACCGGCGCUGGCCAAUGGGGGAGUUCAUUAGCGUUUGCUUGCAAUUUAUUCGGCCUCGGUUGUGAAAUCUGGCAAACACGAGCUUCUUAUGAUGGUAAACCCUAUAGGAAACUGAUGAUGCAAACAUGGGGUGCUAAAGUUCACCCAUCUCCAUCGGACAAAACUAAUGUCGGUAGGUCUAUCCUUCAGAAGGAUCCAUCCUGCCCAGGUAGCGCAGCAAUAGCAUCCACAGAGGCUGUGGAGAUUUGUACUGAAAAUGCAGACACUAAGUACUGUAUGGGGAGUGUUCUAAACCAUGUAGUACUACACCAGACUAUCAUAGGAGAGGAGUGUAUACGACAAAUGGAAGCAUUAGGAGAGAGUCCUGACGUGAUCAUAGGCUGUUCUGGUGGAGGAUCUAAUUUUGCAGGGCUUGCAUUUCCUUUUCUCCGAGAGAAACUUGAAGGAAAAAUCAACCCUAUCAUAAGGGCAGUUGAGCCUUCUGCAUGUCCUUCGCUAACCAAAGGUGUAUAUGCUUAUGACUCUAGCGAUACUACAGGAUUGACACCAUUGAUGAAGAUGCACACUCUUGGCCAUGACUUCAUUCCUGAUCCAGUCCAUGCUGGAGGUCUACGUUACCAUGGUAUGGCACCACUAGUUUCACAUGUCUAUGAACUAGGCCUGAUGGAAGCUGUAGCCAUGCCUCAGCUUGAAUGCUUUGACGGAGCUAUACAAUUUGCUAGGUCAGAAGGUAUUAUACCAGCACCAGAAUCAGGCCACGCCAUAGCAGAGGCAAUUAAGGAAGCACUCCAUUGUAAAGAGACUGGAGAAUCAAAAGUUAUAUUGUUGCUUGUGUCUGGACAUGGUCAUUUUGAUCUAAAAUCUUUUGAGAAGUAUUUGCUUGGAAAUAUGGUUAACUUGUCUUGUACUGAUGAAACACUACGGGCAUCACUGGCUGGUAGUAGUAUUCCAUCAGGUUUUGAACUGAAGUGUUAAGGUUACUAUAUAGUUGCAAUAAAGAGAAUCACCCGUCUGUGUAGACCUCGUGAAUCUACCGAUGAUGAAAGGCCAUGAACAAUGAAGACAAUGUUUGCUGUACUGUUUUAUGUGAAGUGUCAGGGAUUUGGGAACUCUGAAAUGUUUUAAGUCGUACUAUCCAAAGAUUGG